GAUUGAAUGAGCAAAGAGGGGGAAAAUUCUGAGAGCUUUUACAGAGCUGCUGUUCCACCCUCUUUUUCUGUGUGUGUGUGUGUGCGCGCGUGAGACUGUGGAUCUGUCUCAGGGUUUGGAAGGAUCACACACAGAUUAAAUCCACUCUGGUUAGCAGCCGCUCUACAAGGACCACCGGCCACAAGAUCAUGGCAGUCGCGGUGCACAAUGGCAGUGCCCUUCCUCCGGCUCCUCGGACGCGGAGCUCUCCUUCCAGAUACCUGUGGCUUUACAUUUCAUUCGGACUCUUCCUGGUGCCGUCGGCUCUGGCCGGGAUCUCACUGCACAAGGAGCGAACCGCGGGCACCGCUAUCGGGAAACAAGCCCAGCGCGGGGCUCCGGGUGAGCGGGACGGACCGGCCGACGGAGCUCGGGUGAAGAGGUCCUCUAGCCCGCAGCAGGAGCCGGCUCUGAUUAGCACCUCCUUCAUCCUGAGAGGAGACGCUUCCCACAACCAGGCGAUGGUGCACUGGACGGGAGAGAACAGCAGCGUGAUCCUGAUUCUCACUAAGCUCUUCCAUUCAGAUAUGGGGAAGGUUCUGGAAAGUUCUUUGUGGAGGUUUCUUCUGAGACACUACAAGCCAUUACUUGUUAAAGGGAACAUGACAGGCACAAAGCAAAGCCACAAAGGUGAGGAAGCUGAGCGAAAAAAAUUGACAAAAAGUGACAGGCAGCAAUUAGAAAAGGAGAAAAUGAAGAGGCUAAAGCAUAAAAGCAAGAAGUUGUCAAUUGGUGACAGAAUGCCAGGAGAGCUAGUGCUGCAAGAAAAGGGUAUGAUUUUGGCAAAUAUUCAGAAGUAUGCAAAUAUUGUGGUGUAA